CCUCUCACAGGCACCGAAGCCGCACAAACACCUCUUCCGAAAGGCAUUGAUACACAUCACCACAAUGCUGUCCACACCCGCAGGAAAGACGGCCUUGCGGGCGACCGCCACCACCGCCUGCGCCCCAAAAACUUCCGUCCGCCAUCUGGCUUCAUUAGCCGGCACCUCGAGCACCGCGGCCGCGGCCGGCCAGGAUGGCCAACAGAAGCGCGGCAUGGCCACCGUGCAAGAUGCUCCUCCAGUCCACCGCCACGGCGGCCUCAAAGACCAGGACCGUAUCUUCCAGAACCUCUACGGCAACCACGGCGCGGACAUCAAGACGGCGAUGAAGUACGGCGACUGGUACAAGACCAAGGAGAUUCUCGACAAGGGCCACGACUGGAUCAUCUCGGAGAUCAAGACGUCGGGUCUCCGUGGCCGUGGUGGUGCGGGUUUCCCCUCGGGCAUGAAGUGGAGCUUUAUGAACUUCAAGGGUUGGGAGAACGAUUCCAAGCCGAGAUAUUUGGUCGUCAACGCGGACGAGGGUGAGCCAGGUACUUGCAAGGACCGGGAGAUUAUGCGAAAGGACCCGCAUAAGUUGAUUGAGGGAUGUUUGGUGGCUGGCCGUGCGAUGAACUGCACUGCCGCUUACAUCUACAUCCGUGGUGAAUUCUACCACGAGGCUACUGUUCUCCAGCGUGCGAUCCAGGAAGCUUACAAGGAGGGCUUCCUCGGCAAGAACGCUUGCGGUUCAGGUUACGACUUUGACGUUUUCGUCCACCGUGGCAUGGGUGCCUACGUCUGUGGUGAGGAGACUUCGUUGAUCGAAUCGCUCGAGGGCAAGCCCGGCAAGCCUCGCCUGAAGCCCCCGUUCCCCGCAGCCGUCGGUCUGUUCGGUUGCCCCAGCACGGUCGCCAACGUCGAGACCAUCGCCGUCGCCCCGACCAUCAUCCGACGAGGAGGUUCGUGGUUCAACUCCUUCGGUCGCGAGCGCAACUCCGGCACCAAGCUCUUCUGCAUCUCCGGCCACGUCAACAACCCCUGCACCGUCGAAGAGGAGAUGUCCAUCCCCCUCAAAGAACUCAUCGAGAAACACUGCGGCGGCGUCCGCGGCGGCUGGGACAACCUCAAAGCCAUCAUCCCCGGCGGCUCCUCCACGCCGAUCCUGCCGCGGAAGAUCUGCGACGACGUCCUGAUGGACUUCGACGCCCUCAAGGACGCGCAGUCCGGCCUCGGCACCGCCGCCGUCAUCGUCAUGGACCAAUCCACCGACGUCGUGCGCGCCAUCGCGCGCCUGUCCAAAUUCUACCACCACGAGUCCUGCGGCCAGUGCACCCCCUGCCGCGAGGGCUCCAAGUGGACCGAGCAGAUCAUGCAGCGCUUCGAGCGCGGCGAGGCCCGCCUCCGCGAGAUCGACAUGAUGCAGGAGCUCACCAAGCAGGUCGAGGGCCACACCAUCUGCGCCCUCGGCGAGGCCUUCGCCUGGCCCAUCCAGGGCCUCAUCCGCCACUUCCGCCCCGAACUCGAGGCCAGGAUAAAGGACCACACGGCGCGCGCGGGCGGCGAGGCGCUCGCGGGCGGGUGGCAGCACGACGCCGUCAAGCAGGGCAUGUUGGUCUCCCCGGGUCAGUAGAUGGAUUUUCUCCUCCCCCCACGCGAGCCAAAAUAUUGGAGGCAUGGGAUGUGCAUUGUUGGAACGUCAUGGUAGAUGGUGAGCAUUGAAUUUCGCGUUCAUGGUAACGCUUUGAUUCUCGACCGCGAUAGUCUGCGUCGGUCGGGAAAAAGAUGUAUAUACAUUUUCUGGCUCGGUUCCUGUUUCUUAUGUAUCGAUGGGGCGUUUUGCACAAUAGAACGGCGGGUACCUGAGUAUUGCCCAUUCGUCGGACUCGACAUGCACCAAACGCAAAACAAGGAAGGCGAAUGCGGGGCAGCCUGAGCUACAUAAACUGCU